UCUCCUUCUGCCGUCAUAAAGUAGAUUGUUUAGCUCCAAUAUUAGGGGAGCAGCUCGAGCCCGUCUUCAUUACAUUACAUUACAUUACAUUACACUACACUACACCACAUUACAUGACAUUACAGUGCAUUACAUUGCAUUGCAUUGCAUUGCAGCCUCUCCCAUCUUCAACCCAAUCUUCAACCCAAUCUUCCACCCUCCCCUCCAUUCGCUGCUCACUCCCAUCUGCGCCUCCGCACACUCGCGCCCACCCCCCCUUGCCAGUUUGCCUUACCUUGCCUUAUCUUGCCUUGCCUUGCCUUCCUUCCCUCCCCUUUGUCCUCCCUGCGACCUGCACUGCCUGCCCGUGUCACCUCCAACCCCACGAAAAGACAGCUGAGGCGACCAACGAAAGGAUGCCUUGGCCUUGGCCCAGCCUGCAUUUGCGUUGCGUUGUUCGUCCGCCUGAAAGAGAAUAGCGUGGAUCUCUGACCGACCACCCUCCAACCUCACCAGUCACUCAGUCAGUCAAUCAACCAGUCAAUCCUCGACGCCAAAUAGCCUCGAGGCGUUCAUAUACCCUUGCCGGCCCUGGACACGUCCGCCUUGUUAUCGAUUUUGCAAUCCUUCGUAGUCACCGUCCCAAUGCAAUGGUCCGGCCAUACAAGAGCAUGAGAGUGCCGUUGCCCUCGACUGUAUAUGAACGAGAAGGGUAGCUGCAUGAGCCUUACUCGUACCGCGACUCGCUGAUCAUCUCGCUGAACUUCAACAUCGUGCAAGCGAUCCCAGACUGGUGGCAAAAGCACGCUCAAUGUCACCUAGGAUCUCCCUGCCACCACAAUGACACAAACGGAAAAGACCCAUGCGAGGACCCCAUCUACAGAUCAGCGAACCUCAUGGUCCUGGAGAAAGCUUUUUGGGAAAGAGGACACCACUCCAGUGGCUCCAUUGACCCCGCCUCCAGAAGAGGUACAAAGACCUGGCAUCGCUCGAAGGCUAUCGCGAAAGGUUGUGCCAGGCCUGCCUCGACCAGGAACCUUCAAGAGACAACAGUCGGAACUUCGAGAUAGACUCGAACCCUCCAAACCCAACGCAGACGAACGACGAACUGUAUCAGUAGAUCGCCGCCGUAAUGCUCCCAUACGAAACUCCUCGAUCGCAGUCUCACCGCCUCCCAGGCUCAGUGCGCCAGAGCUUCUGGACAAUGCAGCUACAAUUGAUGCGGUGUUGGAAUCCUCGAACACAGCGGCUGCAAGUGAUUUGGAAGUGAAGGAUGAAUAUGUUCAGGUCUCGAAAGAGCCAUCUUGUGUGGAUGCACAGUCAAUAUCCACGGAAGCAUUCGAUGAGAUGAUACUGGAAGAGCUAGAAAAGCGGUGGAUUCUGAACCUGAGUAUGCACUUUAGGGAUAAGUCUAAGAGAGAGAAGUUCUUUGUCACAUAUGCACAAACUCCUACUCAUUGGAGACGAGUCACGAUUUCUCUAGACUAUAGGCAAGCUCCCGAAGGAUCCUUGGAAGAAGAACUGCAGCGUACCCGGUUUCAGAGAGACAAGAGUGCUCGUAUUUAUGAAGCUAUUCGCGAUUCGUUGGCCGACAUUCAGUUUUACGACACAGUCACGAACCUCAAACUCCAAACAGAAAACGAGAGACUUCACGUCCACGUGGUUGAGGAUGUUUCAGAGAUUAUCCAAUAUCCGCCGAUCAAGGCUAUCAAUCAUCUGAGUUGCAGGAGAGUCCGUGAAGAUGCACUUGUGUUUGAUUCCCAUCUAUCAGGUUUCGUCUACAAAGUGAGGGUUGAUGGUCAGGUGUUUAUCAAGAAGGAGAUCCCUGGUCCGGAUACAGUGGAUGAAUUCCUAUACGAGAUAAAUGCGUUGCACCAAUUAUCUGGCUCUAAUAGCGUGAUCCAAUUCGGUGGAGUGGUUCUCGACAACCGAGGCGAGUUCGUGAAAGGGCUUCUCAUCAGCUUUGCAGAGCAGGGAGCCUUGAUCGACGUAAUCUAUGAUGGCGAGGGUAGAAUUCCCUGGAGACUCCGCGAGCGAUGGGCGAAGCAAAUCGUGCAAGGUCUCUCUGAAAUUCACGAGGCCGGCUUCGUUCAAGGCGAUUUUACUCUGUCCAACAUCGUCAUAGACGGAGACGACAACGCGAAGAUCAUAGAUAUCAACAGGCGCGGAUGCCCCGUUGGUUGGGAACCUCCUGAAGUUGCUGCACUAAUCGAGAGCAAUCAGCGGAUUUCGAUGUACAUCGGAGUCAAGUCAGAUUUGUAUCAGUUGGGCAUGGUCUUAUAUGCAUUGGCAACUCAGCAAGACGAGCCAGAGAAUCAUCGCCCGCUGGAAAUUUCAUGCUUUCCCAGAGAAGUUCCGGACUAUUUCUUGGACUUGUGCAGUCGAUGCUUGGAUGACGAUCCAAGGCGAAGAUCCCAAGCGUCAACACUUCUUACAUUGUUUCCAGCUGUAGGAGAAAGCCACCAGCAGAACGGUCAACCGAUUCCAAUCGUGGUGGAUGCUUGCUACAAUGAGAUAAGGGCCCUACCAAAUGGACACCAAUUCGCGGGUCACUUGACAUUGCAUCCAAAAUACGCCCAUGGGGGCCAACUGGAGCAGCCCAAAUAUUUGUAUGAUUAUGCAAUAACAGAUACUUCGGAAGAGCCUGAUUAUCCAAGUCGGGGUAGAUCCCCACCAGCGCAUUUUCGACCGGAUAGGGCUCCUUCAACAAUCCCACUGCCGGAAUCCAGCCUGACAUCCGACCACUACAACAACAGUAAUGAUGGUGAAACACCUACUGCAGAUAAAAUGGUUGAGCCAUCAGUCCUAAAUCUUAAUCCAGCGUCAAUAUCGAACAGAGGUGUCGACCCGUCAACGGUACCUUUACCACAAUCCAGCGCUGGGUCCGAAAAUCUAAGCACGGAAAAUCCAAAAACUCCCACCAAUGAAGUGAUCGAACCCGAACCAUCAGUCCUCGCUACGAAGGGCUCAACCGUCGAUCCGAAAUCCACAUCUGAUAUGGAAAAGCAGACCAUAACAGACACCCCAGAGCCGCGAACAACAGCAGCGGCAAGCAAUAUACCACCGACAGGAUACCCAGAUCUCGCAGGCAUUGGUACUGCUCACGCAGGAUCUCCUUUUGAAAUUCCAUCAGCGAAUUUAGAUGACGAUUUGACGACUGAUACGCAUAAUGACAGAUAUGUUCUUGAGAGUUCAGCAACAGCGGUGGAGGUUUGAAGGCGUUUGAUCAUUACCUUUCGUUCUUUGCAUGGCGUGGAAGUGUAGGUCUCGUUGAGCUUGAGGAGGGAGUAAUAUAGCGAUGAUCGGGGUUGGUCCUGGUAACAGGAUGGGUGGAGGGCUGGAGUAAGUGCACUUUGUUGGAAUAUGAUGGAGAUGGUCGUGUCUCUAAUGUAAAAUAAACUUCUCAACAAUGCCCAUCAGAAAUUGCCGAACACUUUGGAUCUGCACGGUGCGUGCUUGAUGUUCUGCUUGCAAAGGGGCAGUGUUGCCGGCUUUGUUUGGACUUUUCAGCAAUUCCAAGGUGUGAAACACACAAGUGACGCGAAGUGAUAUGGUCAUCAUUCUUACAAAGAGUUCACCUGUUUGAAUGGGUAGAAGACAUCGGGUCUUUCAAAAAGGACAAAUAACAUAUUCCGAGGCUCUCAAUGGUGUAUUCUCAAG